GUUUGCGUAGGACGUUCGUUAGACGUUCGAGAAUGUUGCCGUGUAGUGCUCUUUCGGGCUGUUAUCUUGUUCAUCACCUGAUUUCUGGUUAAGGUGCCACCUGUCGAUUUUCGAGCUGUUCGCCUGUUAUUAUCCAUAAUCAAAUGCCUACAACAUGCGAAUUUAAAAAAGGAACGAGAUUGACCAAGGAAGAGGCAAUGCAUCAAAUUUGUAUGGGACUUUACCGACGUUGAAGAAUGUUAUUUUUUGCGUCUUGUGAUUGGUAGUGAAUGCCGUCCAAUGAAAGUCGGUUGUGUAGUGGAUUUUCGAUGAUUAAACAACAGCACAAUUAGCCCUGUUCACAUUCACAAGAAAAUAGCGAUCUUUCUGCGAUGCUCGCUAGCGGCGCUGCUUGUGACAAAAAAGAACAUUAUUGUCAAUUUAUGCAAUGAUUCGUUCUAUCGUAGAGGUGUACGAAACGCCACUGAUCCACUUUUUAACAGACAAAUUCUGUUAUCUGGUUCACCAUUUAUUUGGGGAAAUUUACAAAGAACCUGCAACGCCAUCAGGGAAAGAGUUAUACAGAAUGUUAAAGUCGGAUCAACCCAAAAUUGGUAGAUCAAAGAGAGCCAAAGGAUUGGGGCGAUGGAAUGAAGACAAAGACAAGAUGUUAAAAAAGUGGAACAAAAUUUUCAAGGACCAGUUUAAAAAUUUUCCAGAUGUAUGGAUGCUUACAGUAUCAAAAGAAUGUCCCCACUCAAAUGAAUGGGAAAAUUCAUUAGAAGAGAGGCUAAGCAUGGCCUGCAAGUGCAAGGACUGUGGCCACGUUUGGGUAACAGAUACUGGUGUUGUUUGUUUUUUCUACUCAUUUGUGAACUCUGCAGGUUCUGGAAAUGAAGAAAAUGUAAUUGUUUGGGUAAAACCAGAGUUAUGUCCCAACAAGGCAAGUUGUGGUUCCCUCAAGAUACCAUUAAUAGACGUUUACCAAGACGAAGUGGAGGCCGUAGUCUCCUACCUGAGGAUGCAAAUUGGGUGGUUGUUUUACGGAUGUCAAUACACAGAGAACGACGAGAUUUCCAUCGAAAACCGAAGAAAACUUCGCGGGGAGAGAUCGAAGAAGGGAGGACAAAAUAAGGCUUUAGGAAAUAAAGAGUGUGGGAUACUUGAGGCCGCUGCAGUAGAAGAAAAUGUCGCUUCCUGGGAUCAAUCACCCCCCGUCAAACUAGAUGUUCAUGUGAAACCGCGAAAUCUUAAACCGAACAAGCUGCCAGCAAAACAACCUAUUGAAAUUAAACGUUCCACAAAAUUGAAAAACCGAUGGGAUAAAACUCCAGAGAAAAUCAAAGCCGAAUGGGAGCUAAGUUUUCAUAGCAAGUUCGAUCGCUUUACCAACAAGAAUCCCUCGGAUAAGUGGAUUAUGAGCCUGGAGAAGGUCACCAAGAAUCAUCCUCUUAGACGAGAAAAGAGAUGGGAACAUUUCCUCGGAGAAAAAGUGGAGGCGGGAUUUAUGUGCCCGAAAUGCCAAUACGUUUGGGAAUCGAAAAGGGGUUGGGUAAGCUUCUGGAUUUGGCAGAACCCACGUAAUAGCGAGGGAAUACGUAUCGGCGAGGUAGCUGUUCAUGUGCUGGGUCAAAAGUGUUUGAAUUGCCCCGGCACUCCAAAUGAUAAGGGGUACCAUACAGGAGACUUGCAGCCGGACGAGAUUGAUGUGGUUUUGGAUUUUUUGUAUAUGGAGAUUGACCACUUUUUUUACAAUAACUAUUCAUAUACUGGCCAAGACGAAGUAGCGAUAGAGGAGAGAAGGAUGAAAACUCCUGUGAAUUAUUUCGGUAGAGCGGAACAUAAAAAAGAGCUAUGUCAGCCUUGUCAACAAAAAGUUUGUAAGAAAAAAGUAUACGCUGCUUAUCCAGGUCCAGUUGUGUCCACACCAGGGCACGUGUUUUAAAUGUACGGUUGCGACCUCCAAUAACGGUACCUUUACCAAGAAUAAAAAUGUUAUUACUGUUGAAA